AAAGGUGUCAUAUAUUUUUCACCUGCUUUAUUAGUAAAUUUCUUGUUUAUAUUGUUGGAGAAGUUUCUAAAGUUUAAUUGCAUUUGCAGUUAAUAUUCAGGCAAGAAUUUAAUAAAAACAACUUGCUCUUUUUCUACGUCAACUAAUUUGACACUGCGCAAUCGAAAUGGAUGGACAGCACCGACGUGAACGAAAGUCUUCAAUGGUAACACAUCAAAUUUACGCACCACUUUCGCCCUGUCCUAUACCCGACAUAAGCGACGAUGAACUGGUCUCCAUAUCCGUGCGGGACCUUAAUCGCACGUUGAAGUCACGCGGACUCAAUCGGGAGGAAGUUGUGCGUAUGAAACAACGGCGUCGUACGCUAAAAAAUCGUGGUUAUGCGGCUAGCUGCCGUAUCAAGCGUAUUGAACAGAAGGAUGUCUUGGAGACGGAAAAAUCGCAUGAAUGGGUUGAACUGGAAACCAUGCACGAUGAUAAUGAAAAAUGCCGCAAGGACAUAACCAACUGGAAGAACAAAUACAAGGCCUUACUGCAAUUUGCGGCACAUAAUGACAUUCCAAUACCACCCGAGUUGGAGGGCUGUUGAGCAGUGCAGUGCAGUACACCCUAAUAUAUUCUUAAUUAUAUUUCAUAAGUAGCUUAAUGUAUACGGCAUCAAUGAUGAUGUUUUUUAUUACUAUAUUU